AUGCCCUGGCAACCAUUGCCUCACAUUGCGUUCGCAGUAGCGACGUUUCCCUUUGCAGCAUCCCACCCCGAAGACCUCGUCCUCGAAAUCGGCGAUGAGCUCUACAUUAUCGAGGAGACCACCGACGGCAGCUGGCUGCGUGGCUAUCUGCUGAAGCCGCCGAGCUUGCUGGCCGGUCUGACAUCUGUCAAAGGUCAGACCCUCGAGGCACGCGUUUUCAGCGGCAUUUUCCCGAGAAGCUGUGUCGAAGUGCGCGAGCUACUUGGCGAGUCAGUAGCUGGCGACGAAGACGACGAACAUGAAAACGACAAAACUGCCGCCGACGUUAGCGACGAUGGCGCAGGUGGCGAAAACCAGACGGGCGAUCCCCACGGCAGCGACUCGGCAAAGAGUGGCAUCGCUGGCCAGCGACCCGCCAAGAGGCGUGAAGCCCUCAAGGAGCUCGAGCUGUCCGUCAUCAACGGCACCGCCGACGGCUAUGCGAAGAGCAGCCGCACCAGCAACCCGUCCUCGCGCGCUCGCUCCAUGGCGACUAUUUCGUCCCAGGAGCGCCUCUCCGUCCCGGUCAAGCGCGACCCAAACGCACCGCGCCCACAAGCACCCGUUCCCAUGCUUAAGAUUGGCGACGAGACGCCGACCUCAGCAGCCGAGCCGCUGAUCGACGAGAUCGCCUCCUGCCUGCGCGAGUGGCACUCCACCAACCUACACGAGCUCCUCCUCACCCGCCAGUACCACAAGCUCGACAUCCUCUCGCAGCUGAUUGCGUCGCUGAACCUCGCCCGCCAACAGUUGCUUCACAACGUGCUGACGACCUGGGAGUACGGCAUCUUACGUGAAAAGACCGUGUGGGAUCUCGUGCGUGUCAACAAGCUCUGCGGCGGCGAGGUCAUUGUGCGGGACCCCGUCCAGCGCGGCCGCAUCCUGACGGGCGACGACUCCGUGGUCGAGAUCACACAGCUCCAGUCCAUUAUGAGCAUGCUCAGCGAGCCCCCACAGCCGCAUGUUGAGCCCACUGCCCUUCAUCAUUUGCUUGUCGACGUCAAGGGCUUCGCGGGUGCGUCAACCGAGGACACCACGCUGGUGCUCAGCCUCGUUGGCCGUGUGGCCGGCAGCCUCGUCCGUCUGUCUGAAAACUUUAGCAUCAGCACGCCGCCCGGCGGCUCCAUCAACAAUUUGACCAAGGGCCUCGCCUUGCGCUCUCUCUUUACCGACCUCUCGUCUGCCGACAUCGGCGAGGCCCCGGCCCUCGACUCCGACCUCUUCCUUGUUGUGGCGGUUCGUUCGGCGCAGCAAAUCUCCACUGCGGCCCAACCACACUCGGGCAAGCCAGCCUCCCGCUCAGGUUCAGGUUCGCACGGCCACAGUGCUGGCGCGCCCAUGAGCGGAAGUGGUGCCCCUAAGGACGGCAACCGCCCGCCCCUGUCCAGUGGGAACAAGUCGGUCCGGAGAAGUCUGAUGUGGUCCGGCAAGAGCAGUCGUGCCGCCUUGUCCCGCUCGGCCAACACGAAACUCGACUCGCUGAACGAACAAGGCGAGGACCGCCCAGGAACCGGUGGUGCCCCGGCCAGCCGCGACGGCCACUCACAGCCGCCGAGCACAGCUACCUCCAAGAGCGCCGGCCGGAGUUCAUUUGACGGCUCGGCAGGCCACUACAUGACGACCGAUCGGAUGACGGGCGUUGGUGUCCUGAAGCUCAACGCCAUCAUGAAGCAGCAAAACGACGAGGUGGAACAUGUGAUCAACAUCUGGGCGCCCGGUGACCGCGUCGGCGAGAAGCAACAGACGGGCGAUGACUGGGAUCCGUUGAUCCAGGAGCUCAUGCACAGCAGGUCUGGCCAGUUUGAAAAGUCGCGCGGCUCUGAGCGCGUGCAAGUGCACCUCCGCGCCUUCAACCACCAAGACGCCGAUGUUCUUAUCCGAGCUACGCCUACACUGCUGGCUGGUGUCGGCAAGACCAACAAGAUGGGCUUCUCGGGAGCACCGACGAAGCCCCGCUCCGACAUUUAUGUGACCUUGCAGGAUGCUAUGCUCAGCCGCCAAGUCCAGUUGUCUCGUUAUGGCACAAGCCCGGCAGCGCUUCCCAACGGCUUGCACGGUAACAACCUGCAGGUCACACUCGAAGUGCGCCGCGCCAAUGGUGAGCGCAUCGACAACUGCAUCUUCCCCUACUCCAACGGCGAGGGUCUCAGCACGUGGCGCUCCUUGGCGGCGGAGAGAAGCGAAGGCUGGCGACAGACUCUGCGUCUGUCCCUGGUGCCACAGGACGUGUCUUCGGCACACGUGGUCAUGUUCGUCGCGGAUAUGCCCAACCCUCCAUUUGCCGUGGCGUACAUGCCGCUGUGGGACCAGUCAGCAUUUGUGCGGGACGGUACUCACUCUCUUCUCUUGUACCGCGUCGACGAGAAUACCGUUGCACCUCGUCCACCGGCCAACGCACCGCCUGGGCGUGGUGGCUACCUUUCCCUGCCGUGGGCUUCCAAGGGCCGUGGUGACGCGCAGUCCGAGGUCACUGGCCCGCUGGCUGCGCUCCGCGUCGAGUCAUACUUGUGCAGCACACGCUUCUCGCAGGACCGUGUUGUCCUGGGUCUGCUGAAGUGGCGCGAAGGCCUCAAAGAAAACGUUCCGAGCUUGCUCCAGCAGCUCAUCUUCGUUCCCGAGAUUGAAGUCGUGAAGCUGCUCAGUGACGUGCUGGACGCCCUGUUUGCCAUCUUAGUCGACUACGCUGGCAACGACGAGUACGAGGACCUCGUCUUCACGGCACUUGUGCGGGUUCUUGAUAUCGUCCACGAUCGCCGCUUCAACGUUGGUCCGCUUGUCGACCACUACGCCGAGAACAAGUUCAACUACCCUUUCGCCACACCCUGUCUCGUUCGAUCGUUUACCCGUCUCCUCGCCAAACCCACGGAGCCCCAGAUAUCGCGUAAGCUCCGUGCCACGUUCAAGGUCGUCCGCCAUAUUCUCAAGUUCAUCACACACGCGCGCGACCAGCAAAAAGUCAAGGAAGCAGGCAUCGGCAUCACCAGCUCGAGUCCCGGUUUCACGCGCCACCUGCAGAGCAUCUUCAAGGCCCUCGAGGCCAUGAUGCGCAACACAGCCCCCGUUCUCGUCGGUAGCCAGACGCUGGCAGUCCAGCACUUCCACACAUGGCUGCCUGAGCUGUCGAAUCUGUUGACGACCGAAGAGAUUUUGCACAUUGCCAUUGACUUUAUGGACGCGUGUGCCAACGUCAAGGGCAAGCUCGUACUGUACAAGCUGGUCCUGAUCAUCAACUACUCCCGUCUGGAGAUUUUCUCUCACCCGGAACAGAGAUCUGCACUGAGCGCCAAUACAGUUCGCUGGAUAGCACCGCAUUGGGGCCACAGCGACGAGGUUACGGAGCAAUGGAAGGAGCAGGUCCGGCUCUGCUGCUCCAUCCUUGCUAGCCAGAUCGACCACCUCGGCCCCGAGAUUCCCGACUACGUACCAAAGAUCCUUGAGUCGUACCUGGCCAUUCAGCAUUCCAUCGAAACUGCCGCUGCUGCCGCCGGCGCCAACACACCAGCCAAAACUCCACGAACGCGUCUGUCGCUGCUCUUCCCGACGCAAUAUCCUUUCGCAUCACGACCGGUCGCGUUGCCAGAGAGCGGGUCCGAAGACUCUCUGGAUGGACGGCCGCAGCCCACUGAUCAGCAGAAGCUGCUGCAGCGCCAGCAGCAGCAGCCCGUCUUUGACGAGGCUCUAGUGGAACUGUCCGCCAUCCUGUCUGCUGUGUCAAACUCACCAAGCGGCAUGCAGCUCGAAUUGGCCGACGGCGAUCUUGCUGUCAUUCUCGAAAAUACGCUGCGCGUCCACAUGAGCAUCUUGCGCGGCGAAGCCUUCCCCUCGACGUGGCUGAGCACCCACAUAUUCCACCACAAGUCGAUUAUGCGUACGCUGCAAUAUCUGUCCACGAUUCUCCUGGAAAGCUUUCUGCCCGACCCGGAUGAUGCCGAGAGCUUCAACACGGAGCUAUGGAAGCUGCUCUUUACGACUCUGCUGAUGCUUGUCAGCAGCCCCUCGCUCGCGCUCGAGACUUUCCCAGAGCAGAAACGGCGUGCGGUCUGGAAGAUUGCAGGUGACGUCCGUGAGCACGGCGCGGAUCUGCUGCGCCGGACGUGGGAGGCCAUCGGCUGGGAUGCGACGGCCGAUGAGCAGCAGCGCUACGGCCUCAGCAAGAUGGGCGGUUACCAGGUUCAGUAUGUGCCGACACUGGUCGGCCCCAUUGUUGAGCUCUGCCUCAGCGUGCAUGAAGGCCUGCGCCGGAUGGCGGUCGAGGUGCUCCAGACUAUGAUUGUGAGCGAGUGGACGUUGAGCGAGGACCUGUUUAUCAUCCAGGCUGAGAUCAUCGACUACCUUGACCACUACUUCAAGACGAAGCCUCUGACCGAGAGCAUUCUGCAAAAGCUGUUUGUGGGCGAGCUGCUCGCCCGGUUCACAGCUCUUGCCGAUGUUCCUGACGAGCCGCUCUACACGGCGCUGCGCGAGCUCAUUGCUACCAUUGACGAGUUCCUGGAUCUCUUGGUCGCCGUCCACGGUGGUGACGGCGGCGGCGCAGUGACCGGCUCGUCGGCAGCCGGCGCAAUUGCAUCGGCCGGUGGCGCCAAUAGCGGUAUACCUGCCUCGGGCGAGGCGUCCCACCUGAUCAACCGGCUGCGGCUGAUGGAGUUCCUCCGGGACAUGCAAAAGGAGGAGAUGUUUGUGCGUUACGUCCACCAGCUGGCGUCGCUACAGGCAGCAUCGCGCAACCAUGCAGAGGCUGGCCUGGCUCUGCGUCUGCAUGCCGAGCUGUACGAAUGGGACCCGCUGCGUACGGCACCGGCGUUGUCGGACCCGCCGUUCCCAGCGCAAUCGCAUUUUGAGCGGAAAGAGCGCAUAUACUUUGACAUGAUCAAGCACUUUGAAGAGGGCGAGGCAUGGAGCAGUGCUCUGGCCGCCUACAAAGAGCUGCAGGUGCAGUACGAGACGAACAUUUACGACUUUUCCAAACUCGCCCGCACCGAACGCGCGAUUGCGACCGUGUACGAGACCAUCGCCAAGAGCGACCGCCUCGUGCCCAAGUACUUCCGCGUCAUGUUCCGCGGCCUCGGCUUCCCGGCCAACGUGCGCGACAAGGAGUUUGUGUACGAGGGAUCGCCAAACGAGCGAACAAGCGCCUUCACGGACCGCCUGCAGGAGCAGUACCCGGCAGCACAGAUUGUCGUCAUGCCGUCGGCGCCGGGUGCUGGCGGUUCUCGUGCUGGCUCGGGCCUGAUUGCAGGUGCCGGAACGACGGCGACGGAGGACAUGAUUGAAGACAUUGUGGAGGGCCAGUUCCUGGUGGUGUCCGCCAUUAGCCCGCACCGCGACCUGCGACAUCAUGUCUUCCAGCGGGCCCGUGUCCCGCAGGUCAUUCGCGAGUAUCUGGUUUCCUCUCACCCGCAGGUCUUCUCGACCUCGCUCAGCCGCCAGACCACAGGCCCCGUCGCAGAACACUAUGUGCACAAGACAACGUACACGACGGCGGAGGUGUUCCCGACAAUUUUGCGGCGCAGCGAGAUUGUGACUGUGGGGGAAACGCGACUGUCGGCCAAGGAGACUGCCCUGGAGAGGAUCUUGCGCAAGACGGCGGAGAUGACGACGGUGGAAAAGAAGGUGGCCGAGGGCGACUCCUCGCCGGAGACGGCCCAACUCCUCCUGGACGCGAUCAGCAUCUCCGUCAAUCCCUCGUCAGAAAGCAGUGUGGUCAGCUACCGCGAGCUGCUUCCGACAGGCGGGCGCCGUGGCAAGCAAUCGGGCAGUGACGUUGCUGAGAAGGGUGAAGACGACGACAACGACGACGACGACGAGCUCGACGAGGAUGAUGACGAAGACGAAACGCCGGAGAUGGAUCCGCAGGAGAAUGCCAUCAAGAUGGCGCUCGUGGACCACGCGAUGAUGAUCAAGCGCAGUUUGGCACUGCUGGCUCGGUCGUCCAAUGACAGCCUGUCGAGCCACGCGGACGAUCUCAUGCAGUACUUUGAGGCAACGUUUGCCCCGGAGAUUGCCAUAUUCACCCCCCAGGCCGUUAUCGAGACCACGACCGCAUCGCCAACGUGGCCCCGCUCGUCCCCGACUGAGUCUGCCACGCCUAGACUUCCUGAUGUGGCUUCCACUUUGGAGGGCACAGCCAAUGGGCCAAGGCCAAGCGGUGGUCACGCCGUAGAAAGCGGCGGUGCCGUCGUCGAGGAAGCGUCGGCGGUGCAGCCGAUUGCAGCACUGCGCCAGGGCCGCGGUACGCGCCUGUCGUUCCUCGGCGGCGGCGCGACGACCAGCCGCAAGCGUGACAGCAUCCACAUGUCAAACAGCGAGGGCACGAUUCACGAGACGUCGCGCAAGAGCAGCGUUGGUGCCGCCGAGAUGGAUUCGGUGAGCGAGCACAGCCGCAGCCGGAGCAAGGAGAACGUGAACGCAAACGCGAAUGCCGCGAACAACCGCCGGAGCUUCUUCCGCCCGAACGGCAGCGACAAGACGCCGCCGAUGCCACAGUACACACCCAGCAUGGAGACGACGAUUGUCGGCGGCGCCCAGUACGGGCAUAAUAGCACCAACGGGAGCGGGACGCCGCGGCCGACCAAGAGCGGCAGCAGCGGCAGCAACAACUACUACACCACGAGCACGAGCAACAACCGGGCCCCUGCCGAGGCCAACAAGCCAAAGAGCGGUGCGAGCGAGUGGGUGGCGGAGCUGUCGCGCAAGAGCUCGGACCUGACCUCGAUGGACCGCAAGCGGAGCAUGAGCAGCAGUGCCGGCAACGGUCAGGGCGUCAACAAUGGUGUGGGAAGCGAGGUGGACGGCCCCGGGCAGGCCAAGAUGGGCAGUGUGCGGAAGCGGCUGAGCAUGCUGAAGCUGGGCAAGAAGUCGAGCAAGGCCAACGGCUUUAUGGGGGCCGUUGAUGAAGAGUGA